AUGGGCUUGCUCGUUCUGUUAGCGUUUUGUCUCGUAUCACAAUCAACACCAUUCGCCACAGCAUUUAAAAUAUCGGAAGCAGAUGUGAAAGCUUUUGUUAACAGUGUUUUAAAAUGUUACAACAUCAGUGGGUUAUCAUUGGCCAUGGUGUCCAAUACCCAGACUGUUUUUACCGGAGGGUUCGGAGUAAAAACAUAUGAGAAAGGAGAUCCAGUCGACAGCCAGACUCUGUUCAACGUGGGAUCAGUAACUAAAUCCUUUACAGCCACAAUCGCCGCCGAUGCUGUUUCAAGAGAAAAGAUCCAGUGGGACCAGCCGUUGCAAGAUACAUUUAAAGAUUUGAAGCUGUCUGACGAUUUUAGAACAGCUAAAGCAACACUCAGGGAUUUGUUGGGUCAUAAAAUGUGUGUUCCCGAAUAUUGGGGAGAUACAACUGUUGCUGAAAAUAUCACUAGACAAGAAAUGAUCAAGCGCUUGGAGUUUUAUGAAAACAUUUGCGACUUGAGAACUCAAUACAGAUAUAGUAACCAAAUGGUAGUGUCAGCUGCAGCCGCGGUAGAGAUCGCAACAUGUCAAUACUGGGAAGAUGCUAUAUUUGAUAAAAUUUAUAAACCACUGGGGAUGAGUAAGUCAAAUAUAGCCUCAAGAAUGACCGAUGCUGACUGGGACAACACGGCCUUUUCUUACACAAGAAUAGGUGGUAAACCAGUGGCGAAUCCCGAAAAAGAGCAAGCCAUAAUGUUUGAUAAUCAAGGUCCAGCUGGUGGUGUAUACAGCAAUGCUGAAGAUAUGGCUAAAUAUUUACGAUUUCAUUUGAACAAUGGAAAGGUUAUAGAUACUUUUUUUUUAAAAGAGAAACCUCUUUCACUGAUGGACCAAAACGAACUCGCUUUAAAGGAUGAGUCUGACCAUCAAGUUAUCUCAGCCAAAGAAUUAAUAGAGACGCACGAACCCAAUUAUAGAACUUCAUACGAACCGUACACGACUGAUAUCUAUCCUGUACAAAGUUCCAUAGAUGAGUAUGGUAUGGGCUGGCGAACAGGCUAUUAUAGAGGUCAUAAGAAGGUUGAACAUACUGGUUCAUACAGUAGCUAUACCUGCAGAAAUACCUUCUUACCAGAUGCUGGUGUAGGUGUGUGGGUUUGUGAAGCAAGUGGAUUUGACGGAUACACGGCUAAUCAAGUGGUUUCCUGGUUUGCUCUAGACUUGCUUUUAGGUGAAAAACCUUGGUUGACAAACGUUACAGCAUGUACCUUUCCCGCACCAUGGGUGAAACCAGAAAUAAAAAAGCCAACAACCAGCCCACCAACUACAACUACGUCAAAGUUUCAACAACCAAACUGUGGAGUAAAUUUCACCGAAUACGCUGGAGAUUAUUAUAACAAAGCGUUUGGAACCUUUCGUGUGUGGAUUAAUUCUGCUGACCAUCUCGUCUGCAGCAGCGGAAGACUCUUAAACUGUUCCUUGAUGCUAAUUGAUUGUAAUAACCGAUUUAAUCUAUUUAUAUCAGGAACUCUUGAGUACAGAGAUCCGACGAAAGAGGGGUUUAUAACCCAGUUUUCUGAUUUCGUAAAGGAUUCUGGCUAUCAAUCAGUGGCCCUUUCCUACUUUGAUGGUUCACAUCCGCCCUUGUUUCAGAGAGGUAAACAACACAAGCCAGUAGAUUAUCCUGCAGGACGAGGACCUCUAUCUGGUAUUUGUAAAAAGACGAUCCAUCGUCGUGAUGCCAAGACUACUGAAGCCAGCCAACCUUCAACAGGCAACCCAAUGAAAGGUUUGAUGAUGCCGAUAUAUGGCCUUGUUACUUGCAUACUGUUAUAUUUAUUUAAUUGA